AUGGAAAAGAACAGCGCCCCUCUCGACCAGCACCGACACCAGCACCAGCACCAGCAGCGUCACCCCGGUACGAUGACACAACGUCGUCGUGCUCUACGCCGCGGCCACUCCCUCGUCGCCGUCGCCCUCCUCGUCGUCAUGACCUUGCUGUACCUGACGACGUUCCACCGCAGCGUGUCCAUCCACGUCACCACCACCACCUCCGACCUCUCCUCGUCAGACCACCUCCACCACCACCAACAACAACAAAAUCUCGACGUCGUCUCGCCCGCCGAGCACCGAGUCCCCCUCGAGGCGCACAUCAUCAGCAAGUGCCCUGACACGAGGGACGCCCUGCGCGAGCUCAUCCUACCCGUCAUGCAGCGCGUAUCCGACGAGGUUGACUUUACCCUGUCCUACAUUGGAAAGACCACCUCCCACGAUGGCGUCGACUGCCUGCACGGUCCCCCCGAAUGCCUGGGCAACAUCAUCGAACUGUGCGCCCUCGAGCUCUACCCCGACCCAAAGAUCUACCUCGGCUUCGUCAUGUGCCUCACCCGAGACUACACAUCCAUCCCCGAUCGCAGCCUGAUCGAGGACUGCGCCCUUGAGCACGCCGUAGACUUUGACGCCAUCAACGAGUGCGCCACCAAGGACGACGGUGCCCACGGUAUCGACCUUCUCCGUGCCAGCGUCCGGAGGACUGCCGAGGCCAACGUGACAAAGAGCUGCACCGUCCGUCUCGACAAUGAAAUCUACUGUAUCCGCGACGGCGGCGAGUGGUCCGACUGCCCGCACGGUUCUGGCGUCAACGACCUCAUCAUCGCCAUCGAGAAGCUGUACCAUUCAUGA